GCUCUUUCAACAACAACAGCUUAUCAGACACCUCGAUAGCUUUCUUGUAAACACAGCUACAACAUUCACUCUCUUUACACUUUUGGUGUAUAUUAGUCGCUGUGUAUUAAACACAAUUCUGUCGUAUGUACUUGUUGGCCCAUUUAAUUAUAUAUUUACGUUGUUUGUCAGCUAGCUGGUUUGCUAAGUUAGCUUAGAACUAGGCUAGUCGCUAAUGCUAGCUAGCUAACAUCCCCGACCAUGAGUUCACUAAGCUACUCUCCUCCUGAUAAAGAAGAGGCGGUCUGCUGGACGGAGCAAGAAUCUCGUGUGAAAGAGGAGGAGGAAGAGGAGGCUGUUACAGUACAAAAACAAGAAGAGGGUGAGGCUGUUACCGUGAAAGAAGAAGAGAAAUACGUUUCAGUGAAAAAAGAGGAAGAUACGUUCAGAGUGAAAGAGGAGGAUGAUGUUACAGUAAAAGAAGAGGAGGAGGAAGAGAAGGAUGUUACAAUACAAAAACAAGUAGAGGGUGAGGCUGUUACCGUGAAAGAAGAAGAGAAAGACGUUUCAGUGAAAGAAGAGGAAGAUGCUUUCAGAGUGAAAGAGGAGGAUGUUACAGUGAAUGAAGAGAAAGAGGAUGUAGUUUAUGGAGUGAAAGAGGAGGAGGGGGAGAUUACUGUCACAUUGGAGGAAGAAGAGGAGGUUGGAGAUCUGUUUAACACCAGAGAGAGACGUGACUAUUGUGGAUCCUCUGCGGAGCCUCAACAACCUCAUGAUGCUGACGAGGCAGAGAUGAGUCUCUCCAGAUCAGAACACCUCAAGAAACACCUGCAGAGAUCCACAGGAAAGAGAUUCACCUCCUCAUCAGGCAUUCAUCAGAGAAUCCACACGGGAGAGAAAUAUUUUAGCUGUACUCAAUGUGGGAUGAGUUUUACUACAUCUAGCCAUCUUAUUGUACACCAGAGAACACACACAGGAGAAAAACCUUAUAUCUGUGAUCAAUGUGGUAAGCGUUUUGUUCAAUCUAGCGAUCUGACAGUGCACCAGAGAAUACACACAGGAGAGAAACCCUAUAGCUGUGAUCAAUGUGGGAAAAGUUUUAUUACAUCUAACAUUCUGACUCGACACCAGAGAAGACACACAGGAGAGAAACCUUAUAGCUGUGGUCAAUGUGGGAAGAGUUUUACUGAAUCUAGCAAUCUGACUCUACACCAGAGAACACACACAGGAGAGAAACCUUAUAGCUGUGGUCAAUGUGGGAAGAGUUUUACUACAUCUAGUCAUCUGACUGUACACCAGAGAACACACACAGGAGAGAAACCUUAUAGCUGUGGUCAAUGUGGGAAGAGUUUUGGUCAAUCUGGCCAUCUAACAGUGCACCAAAGAAGACACACAGAAGAGAAACCCUAUAGCUGUGAUCAAUGUGGGAAGAGUUUUAUUACAUCUAACAUUCUGACUCGACACCAGAGAACACACACAGGAGAGAAAUUUCAUAGCUGUGACCAGAGAUAAUCUAAUAAAAGAUCUCUGAUCAAAUAUCAGAAAAUACA